GGCCAAGAUAUUUUCCGAAAGGAAGGUGCCUUCGGAGAAGAAGCAAAUCUACGGAUCUGCAGCUAGUUCGCUGUAUCAUUCUCAAAGUCAAGGUCUCCUCCUCACCCAGCAAGAUUCAUUGCGACGCAUACGCUCUUCCUUAGCUUCUUUUCUACUACUAUGUCAUAGCUUGUUUCGGUCUCUGCCGCCCGGACCUGCUCGUCGGACUGCGCCGGCGCGGCGCGACGGAGCGGCGGCGGCCCAGGCUGCACUUUGUGCUCCUGGAUCUGGCAGGCGGACCUAGGUUAUCCCCAUACCAGGGAGCAGGGGGAGCAACGAGCUUGCCCAAGACUCGCUUUUUUGUCCACCUACAAUUUUCAUCUCUUGACGCUAGAUCGCCAUCUGUGGUCGAUUCGUCGGGUCAAUCGCACCCACGCCUCGGCUUUCAAGCUGUCUGCUUGACUGAGUACUACUUCCGUCACUAGCAAAAAUCGCCCCCAUGGCUCGGCUUUCAAGCUGUCCUGCUUGACCGUGUUUAAAAUUUUCAGCACAAAUGGCGGAGGCAGUGCUCCUUGCUCUCGGAAAGAUUGGGAAUGUUUUAGCUAAUGAAGCUGCCAAGGCCUUGGUAGCCAAGCUGUCAAAAAAAGUUAGUAAUCUGAUUGAUCUGGAUGACAAGAUUGAGCAAAUAAAAAAGCAAUUAAAUACCAUGAACAAUGUCAUACGGCAGAUAGGCACAACGUACCUCACCGACGAAGUCGUAAAGGGUUGGAUUGGGGACGUGAGGAAGUUGGCCUACCAUGUUGAGGAUGUAAUGGACAAAUACUCGUAUCACUCUCUUCAAAUGUUGGAAGAAAAAUUUCUGAAGAAGUGCCUCAGAGGAUCACAUUAUGUUCUGGUUUUCAGCCAAAUUGCUGAUGAGGUAGUCAAGAUAGAGAAGGAGAUCAAGCAAGUUAUAGAACUCAAGGAGAAGUGGUUGCAACCAUCCCAGCUUGCUCAUGACCCUCUUAUUGAGAUGGGAAAACAAGAUAGAUUCCCUGAACUUGUGAAAGAUGAAGAUCUUAUUGGAAUUGAAGAUAACAGGAGAAUGCUGACUGAAUGGCUGUACUCGGAUGAGAUGGACAGUACAGUGAUAACGGUGUCAGGUAUGGGUGGGUUGGGAAAAACAACCCUCGUCACAAAUGUUUAUGAACGUGAAAAUGAAAAUUUCCAAGCUCGUGCAUGGAUAGCUGUGUCUCAGAACUACACUAUGGCUGGUCUGUUGAGGAAGUUACUCCGGAAGUUACUUGGGAAGGCUGGUUACACUGAACCUGCAUCAUCCAACAUUGACAGGAUGGAUGUUUAUGACUUGAAGGAAGAAAUAAGGCGAACACUUGAAAAUAGGAAAUGUUUGAUCAUAUUGGAUGAUGUCUGGAACCAGGAUGUGUACAUUCAAAUGCGAGAUGCGUUACAUAAUUCUUGUGCAAGUCGCAUUAUCAUCACCACGCGGAAGAAUCAUGUUGCCGCUCUUGCUCUCUCGACACGUCGUAUCGAUCUCAAGCCUUUGGGGGAUACAAAUGCAUUUGAACUCUUCUGCAGAAGGGUCUUUUAUAUCAAAAGGGACCAUGAGUGUCCCGAUUAUCUCAUGAAAACUGCUACGUCUAUAGUUGAUAGGUGCCGGGGCCUGCCACUAGCAAUUUUAACAAUAGGCGGAUUCUUGUCUUCGAGGCCACAAACACGAUACGUUUGGGAGCAAAUAUACAAUCAACUCUCAACUGAGCUGUCGAACAAUGAUCAUGUCCGGGCAAUUUUAAAUCUGAGCUACCAUGACCUAUCUGGGGACCUCAGAAACUGCUUAUUGUACUGCAGUCUCUUCCCGGAAGACUACCCAAUGCCACGUGAGAGCCUUGUGAGGCUAUGGGUUGCAGAAGGCUUUGUGUUGAGCAAAGGAAACAGCACCCCAGAAGAGGUGGCCGAGGGAAACCUGAUGGAACUGAUAUACCGCAAUAUGCUUGAAGUCAAGGAGACAGAUGAACUGGGAAGGGUGAGCACCUGUACGAUGCAUGAUAUCGUGCGAGACCUGGCUCUUUGUGUUGCGAGAGAGGAACAGUUUGUAUCUGCAAAUGAUUAUGUUACAGUGAUACAGAUGGAUAGGGAUGUUCGUCGUUUGUCAUCAUGCGGAUGGAAAGACAAUACUGCACUGAAAAUCAAACUUCCCCGUCUUCGAACUCUAGUGUCGGUAGGAGCAAUUUCAUCCACACCUGGCAUGCCAUUCUCAGUUUUGUCAGAAUCAAGCUACCUGACUGUCCUCGAGCUACAAGACUCUGAAAUCACUGAAGUACCAUCAUGGAUAGGGACACUCUUCAAUUUACGUUACAUUGGCUUACGCCGCACCAAGGUCAGGUCACUCCCGGACUCUGUUGAGAAACUAUCGAACCUGCAAACUCUUGACAUCAAGCAAACUAACAUAGAGACCCUACCAAGAGGGAUUGUUAAGAUCAGGAAGCUACGACACCUCUUAGCUGAUAGAUAUGCUGAUGAGAAACAGACAGAGUUUCGAUACUUUAUUGGAAUUCAAGCACCAAAAGGACUGCCCAACAUUGAAGGGCUACAGACUCUUGAGACCAUCGAAUCCAGCAAGGACUUGGCCGAGCAGCUGAAGAGAAUGAUGCAACUGAGAAGUCUGUGGAUUGACAAUAUAAGUGCUGCUGAGUGUGCAAAUAUUUUUGCUACCCUGUCAAAUAUGCCACUUCUUUCCAGCUUGCUUCUUUCUGCAAGAGAUGAGAAUGAGGCACUUUGUUUCGAGGCUCUCAAGCCAAGGUCUACACAUCUCCACAAGUUGAUCGUCAGAGGGCAAUGGGCCAAGGGAACACUGGAGUGCCCGAUAUUUUGCAACUACGGGGAAAAUCUCGAGUAUCUAGCUCUAAGCUGGUGUGACGUUGUUGAAGAUCCAUUAGGGAUGCUUGCACCUCACUUGCCGAACCUCACAUAUCUGAGACUUAACAACAUGCGUAGUGCAAAUAGCUUGGUUCUUUCUGCAGAUUCCUUUCCUCUGCUGAAGACGCUUGUGUUAAAGGACAUGCCUCAUGUGAACGAGCUAAAGAUCAUGGAUGGCGCCCUUCCAUGCAUUGAUGGUCUGUAUGUCGUUUCGUUGUCGAAGCUUGGCAAGGUCCCUCAAGGCAUCGAAUCCCUUGGUUCCCUGAAGAAGCUUUGGCUGCUGCGCUUGCACAGGGACUUCAAAACUCAGUGGGACAUGAACGGAAUGCACCAGAAGAUGAGGCGCGUUCCAGAGGUUCGUGUUUGAAUGCGGCAUAGUGGUUCUUUCUGCACUGGCAUCCACGUCAUUCUUGAUUUAAUAAUUCUGGCAUGUUAUAAUUAUUAAGACAUCAUUUGCGAGUCUUGUACUUCCAUAUCGUGAUACGGUUUCUGUUCUGACAAUGUCGGUGUUCAUUGCCUUCAGGAGGCCCUGUACUUUUUUUGUAUUAUUGCAGUUUCAUUUUGUAAAACUGAUUUCAGGAAACAGUUGUGUCGAACAUGUGAGAAAACAGUGUUGUAAAAUUUGUUUA